UAUUGCGAGACCCCGCAAAAGUUGUCACGCGGGUUAUAGGUCAGCGUAUUACUUCCGGUUCAAUUCCACCGUCAAUUAACAGUCAUGGAGGACGAUUUAAAAGUAUUCCUGCGGUCAAGAGACGUCCCAAACGGGGACAUAAUGCGGAUGGAAAGAGACAAGGUUGACAAGGCAGUACUUUCCAUCAUGACCGAUGAACAAAUGGCAAAAUAUAUCACAUCAUAUGGUGAUCGAGUAGCCAUUCUGUUUUUCUGUCAACAAACCAAAACCCACACUGAUAAAGAGACUGUUCUACAGAAUUUAAGGGAUAAAAUAGGGGCACGGAAAAUGAAGUCAAAGACAAGAGGAGCACUGUGCGGCCCAUCUGGUGUGUUCCAUAAGGCAAAUGAAGGUAUGGCAAGACAGAGAAAUAAUGCAGGAGAAAAGACUUCCAGGAAAAUCGAAAUUGGAUGGCUUCAUUUUAGCUGUAAUGAAUAUCAUCAAGUUAGGACAAGAAAUGGCGGAGGAACAAGACAUGCAACGGUGGAAAAAACAACAACUGUUGCUCAGAUUUUGGAUUUAGGAAAGGAGCUUUUCUUCCAAGAUGGACACUCGACAAAAGGGCGAGUGGAGGACUUCAACUUUAAUGUCUGUGAUUUUAAAGGGAACCAGAUUCCUUUUGAAGACACUGUUGGCAAACUUUAUGAGCAAACCAAACUGAAGCUGCUUAGAUUUUAUAUUUGCACAAAAGAAGCAUCUUCAACAAAUCAAUCCUCAUCUGAAGCAGAUGGCUGCAGUGAUGAUUCCCUGUCUGAGGAGUUAUCCGUCAGCAUCGCUGAGGGAGCAGAUUUACAGUUAGCUGAGUAUGGACCUCAAAGUGAUGCAGAUGUUUCGAUUACAGAUGUACUGGAUCAUGGACAUUCAUCUAACAGUGACAUGAGUGAACAGAGUCGGCAUUUCCAGAGGCAACCAAGAUCCAAAAGGCAGAGAGCACCAUCUGAGACUGUGACGGCACAAGCUCAAAGAGAACUGCAUCCCUUUCAUUCGACUCCAACAGACAUGAAGAAAACUCACAUUGGGCAGGGACCAGACACCAACUCAAGUGAUGAUGAAGAUGAAAAUGUUUGGAAUGAGCUCCAGCCUUCAAGUGACAUCCGUGACCCCGACUUUGAAUUAAUUGAUCUGACCAGUGCAGGUCCUGUAAACCAAGAUGCCCCAGAUGGAGACGAAGCAGAUACAGUUGAAUGGGAUCCAGAAGAUGACCUUGCCAAAACAGAUGAUGAUGACCCAGUUGUGAUAACGUUGAAUCACAACAACAAUGAUGAUGUCAUACAGAGUGCUGAGCUAAUGGGAGUACCGACGCUGGAUUUACAACUCCCAUUGUCUUCAGCUAAUGGCCUGCCUCCAGUACAUGUGCAGUCAGGUGGUGAGGAGGCAGUGCAAACUGCACAGGAGGACAGCAGACUCUUCUCACCACAAGCUGCGCCAAGCAGCCAACUUUCCCCAUUAACCUCAGCUGGCAACCCAAUAAACCCAAGCCCAAAACAUGCAUCGAUUUGCAGGGUAAAGGUUGUGGAAGAUCUUUUGGCUGUGUUUAUGGACAGCAGCAUAAUAGAACUGACUCUAAAGAUGGACUUUGUAAAUGAAAAAGCCAUUGAUGAUGCUGGAGUGUCGAGGGAUGUUUACACUGCAUUCUGGGAGCAGUUUCUUGAACAGUGUGAAGGGGAAACAGAGCGAGUUCCAAGACUAAGACCAGAUUUCAGUGAAGCUGAAUGGCAAGCAGUUGGACGGAUCUGGGUAAAAGGUUUCCUAGACCAUGGUAUCAUACCAGUGAGGCUAUCAAAGGCAUUCAUUUUAGCUUGCAUUCAUGGUAUUGACUCAGUUAAUGCUGACGUCCUGAUGACAUCAUUUCAAAACUACCUUCCUCCCAUUGAGAGAUCAGCUGUUGAGAAGGCUCUCCAGGGUACAAUGGAGGAAAGUGAUGAGGAGGACCUGCUCGACCUUUUUACAAGGAUGGGCUCCCAUUUAUUACCAUCAAAGAGCAACAUGGAGCCUGCCAUCGAAACAAUGGCUCAUAAGUCCAUUCUCCAAGAGCCAAAAUUUAUUGUUGAUUGCUUCUCAACACCCAUGGAACAUGUAAAGCUUAAACUGCCAGACAAGGAAAGUUUAAUGUCUCUGUAUGAGUCAAAGAGGGCCACAGGUAGAAGAGUGUCACAGCUGUUUGAAACAACAAAGAUGGUGCUGUCUCAGAGGGAACAGGCAACCUUUAACCAUCUCCAACGGUAUGCGAAAAAUGCUGACCAAAGCAAAGCUGAAAAAAUCCUGCGUUUCUGCUCUGGCUCUUCUGUCAUUUGUGUUGAAAAAAUUUUGGUUUGCUUCAAUGCUGAAACUGGGCUCAACAGAAGGCCUGUUGCUCAUACUUGUGGAGCUACCCUUGAACUACCGUGUACUUACAGUGCUUACCCAGAAUUUCGCACUGAGUUUGACAACAUACUGUCCAGCAACUACUUAGAAAUGGACAUCCUUUGAGCCAAGACAUAGAGCAGUCCUGACCAAGCCUAUUAGUAACAGGGUUUGUCUGUAUGGUUUAUUAUCUUCUGUUUAGUAUUACAUUUUAUGUAAUAUUUUUCUUUACUGUUUUGAUUUUUUCAUUGAAGGAUCUGAUGCACUUAUUGUGUGGGAAGCAGUCAUAGUCUAUUUUGUGAAAGUGCAAUAGUACAUCAUCAUUGUUUUUAUGAGGACAAUUUUUUUAUAUUCUUUGAAAAUGGCUGCUCCUUUCAUUUCCUUCAGUUCUCAUUCUAAUCCAGCUUCAAUGCUGAGCUUAAUAUUGUGUUCUGUUGCGAAUAAGAAAGUGAAAAGUGCACUACUAUUGUUCAUUCAUUGCUGAUGUGAAAGUGUUCAUACCUUUUUGAUAAUUCAGGUAAAUACGUUUUAAAGUAAUGUUGAAGAUACUUGUUAGAUCAUGUUUGAAUUUUACAAGCUGAUGUGGUCUUUGUGAAAUGUUAUUAUGUGCCCCAUUAUGCUCAAUUGGCCUUCAAAAAUGUAAAAUUUCAAAUAUUUUACUUUAUAUUACUGUUAUUUACUGUUUAUUUUUCUCAGCACUAGGUUGUGUGCAAUUAUACACAUAUGUCCUGUCUACGGUAUAUGAAAGUAUAAAUGGUAUGAUUUAAUUUUAAGUUUCAUUCGGACUUAAUAAACAAACCAAGCUGUUUACACAAAAUUUAAUAAUUAAUAAACAGAUUGUCACACUGUUAA